GCGGUGACCAUUAAUGAGUUCAAAGGACAAAUAUUCUACAGCAACACAACCAUUCUUCCAGGGGAGGUGUACCUGGAGACCCAGGGAAUAGACUACAGCACCUGGGGUUUCUGGCAGAACCAUGUAGCUCUGGCUGGGAUCAUUACGGUGUGUAUGGUCUUGGCCUACAUACAGCUCAGACGGAUCAACCGCUGGAAGUGACACAGGCCGCAAGAAUAGAAUCAUAGAAUCAGAUUGACCUACACCUUCUGGAACAACAGGGGCUGAGAAGAGACACACAUCACAAGAAUAGAAUCAGAUUGACCUACACCUUCUGGAACAACAGGGACUGUGAAGAGACACACACACUCUCCACUCCAGUCCAUUGUAAAAUGGUUGUAUGGUUGUAUGGUACGUUUUGUGUUGUAGAAAUGUACUGGUGUAGUUAUGUUAUGAUGUUGAUGUUGUUAUUUGAUGCCUUAAUACAGUCUAAGUCCUGUCUGUGCCGGGGGGAGGGGUUCUACUGAGCGAUGUGGAAUUGUUUUAAGAAGGUCAAACCAAGGAUCUUCUUGUUAUUCGAUUUAGAGUUUUAAGACUCCUCGAGGUAUCAAAAAAAUAAAAAUAAAACAAAUAUUUGAUGAA